UAUGAAACGGGCAAGCCAUGGGAUUUGCCUAUAUAAAGCAACUCAUUAAACAAGCUCACGGGUCCUUCUUCUUCACUUGCAAUAUUCCUCCAUGAAAACUGCUUCCAACCUCACCAACACAUUUCACUCUCUCUCAUGUUCUCCUCCUUUUAGAUAGUUCCCAUCCAUCUUUCUUCACACACAAACAACAUAAACACACUCCGAAACACGCACAUAUAUCGACCUAAUUAAAAUGGCCCAAACAAGCCCUUUCUUCCUCGUCAUUACCAUUAUUCUCUGCUACCUCCUUGACCCUUCAGUCUUAGCCUCAACUGACUCCUUCCUCUACGGUGGGUGCACCCAGCAACAGUUCAUUCCCAACUCACCGUACGAGUCAAACCUUGACUCGCUACUCACCUCACUCGUCAACUCAGCCACUUACUCCACCUACAACAACUUCACCAUCAUCGGCUCCAGCGCUCAGGACGUCGUCUACGGCGUCCACCAAUGCCGCGGCGAUCUGUCCAUGCCCGACUGCGCCGCCUGCGUGGCCCGCGCCGUCACGCGAGCCGGCGUCCUCUGCGAGCAGCGUUGCGGCGGCGCCGUUCAGCUCGAUGGCUGCUACGUCAAGUACGACAACGCCACGUUCUUAGGCGUCGAGGACAAGACGGUGGUGCUGAAGAAAUGCGGACCGUCCGUCGGAUACAACUCGGACGCCAUGUCGAGCAGGGACGCGGUCAUGUCCGGGCUGGCGGGUUCGAGCGGUCCCUUCCGGGUGGGCGGGUCGGGGAAGGUGCGGGGUGUAGCCCAGUGUACGGGGGAUCUGAGCUUCGCGGAGUGCCAGGAUUGCCUGGGGGAGGCGAUCGGACGGCUGAGAAGCGAUUGUGGGACAGCGGAUUAUGGGGACAUGUUCUUGGCUAAGUGCUACGCUAGGUACUCCACCUACGGUGGGUCCCACGGUUACUCCAAGGCCCACGAGAAAUCAAAUGAAGGAGAGAAGACAUUUGCAAUAAUCAUAGGAUUAUUAGCAGGAGUAGCCAUACUUAUCAUUUUCCUUGCUUUCUUGAGGAAGCUUUGUGAAGAUCGCGGUAAGUAAAUCAAAGAAACAAUAAAAGAUUGUCAAGCAGCCCAUUUAUCGGUCUCUGCCUUCUAUGAUUCUGCUUUUGGUGGCUACUUUUUUCUUUACUAGCUUUGUCAAUUUGUUAUCUUCCCAUUUUUUUUAAAAAAAUAAAUUUGAAGAGAUCAGAUUAAAGAGAUCAUGGAGGCACAUAUUGGAAUGAAUGCAAAAGAAGAAGAAAAAAAGAUGAAGGAAAGCGAGAGAUCAAAAGAUUCCAUAAUUUGCCCUCCCACUUUAACAAAGUGGCGUGUAUCUUUGUGUAUUAUAUAUUAUUACUAUAAUAUUAUUAUCAUUAAUAUUCUUUAAUCUUUAAUUGUAAAGUUGCAUGACACUUAUAAUGUCCACCCUUUACCGUGUA